AUGGCUAACAAGGAAGAAAAUGGCGAUAAUAGUAGGAAAGGAGCUCCGACUAAAUCCAUUGCAGACUUAUUCAAGAAGCUCUCUAUACAGGAACAACCAGAGUCUCCAAAGAAAGAUAUGAAGGACUAUAAAUUCUGGAAGACUCAGCCGGUCACUAAAUUUGACGAAUCUGUUUUGCAAGAAGGUCCAAUCGACUCGUCCAAGAAAACUAGCGACAUUCCAAAGGAGCCAUUUCCAAUGCUUCCUCAAUUCGAAUGGGUUACACUGGACAUAGAUAAAGACGAAGAGAUGACCCAGCUCUAUGAAUUAUUGUACGAUCAUUAUGUUGAGGAUCAUGAUUCCACAUUUCGCUUUGCCUACAAUAAGGAUUUCUUUAACUGGGCAUUGAAGCCUCCUGGAUGGAACAAAGAAUGGCAUCUAGGUGUCCGUGUGAAGGCCACUAAGAGACUGGUCGCUUUUAUCAGUGGAGUUCCUGCCAAUCUAAAAGUUAGAGAUCAUCAAUUUAGAGCCGUCGAGAUCAAUUUCCUAUGUGUGCAUAAGAAAUUACGUAAUAAACGACUGGCCCCUCUUCUGAUCAAGGAGAUUACCAGGAGGAUCAAUCUCUGCGACAUAUGGCAGGCAUUGUACACUUCUGGAACAGUGCUUCCAUCUCCUAUAACUGUCUGCAGAUAUGCUCACAGACCUUUGAACUGGGAAAAAUUGUACGACGUUGGAUUUUCUGCUCUUCCAGAAGAUAAAACCAAGGCUCAAAUGAUGGCCAAGUUCGCCAUCUCAUCUUCCACUAAGACUAGAGGUCUUCGAAAGAUGAGGCAGACUGAUAUUGAUGCUGUUUUUGAUUUGUAUAACCGCUUCCAGAAAAGAUAUGAAGUUUCUCAAGAAUUCACCAAAGAGGAGCUAUCACACUGGCUUUUAGGAGAUGCUCAUGAAAGAACUCUUUCUGAUUCUGAUAAAGUCAUAAUGUGUUACGUCGUAGAGAAUGAAGAUGGCAGAAUUACUGACUUCUUCUCUUUCUACAUCCUUCCAUUCUCUGUGCUCAAUAGGCCUUCAUUCACCAACUUGGGAGUUGCUUAUCUCUAUUACUAUGCUUCAGAUACCGCUUCCGAAGCUGAAUCUAGAUUCGAUUCCGAGGCAACUAAGAAAUUGACCAAGAGACUCGAAUCGCUUGUUUCAGAUGCCCUAGUUUUGGCCAAAAAUGUGGGAGUAGACGUGUUUAAUGCUCUUACAUCUCAGGAUAAUGUCUUGUUCUUGGAAGAUUUGAAAUUCGGACCAGGCGAUGGCUUCUUAAAUUAUUACCUGUUCAAUUAUAAAGCAUUUCCUGUUCCUGGAGGGUUUGAUAAAACUACCAAUACUUACGACACGGAAAAGAGAAGCGGCAUGGGUGUGGUAAUGCUAUAA